AUGGCUAUUGCACUUACCGAAUGCGAAUACAAGGAGAAAACACCAAAUACAUUGCCAUGGGCGAUGCCAAAAAUCCUGAUCGAAGGAGGAAGUUCCGUCGAGAUAUUGUUUUACGAAACAUUCAAGAAGAUGGGUUUCAGAGACGAUUGCCUGAUACCCUCCACCUACAACAUAUUUGGCUUUAACGGAUCCACAACUCGCCCUAAAGGUGAGGUGAUAUUAGAAAUCCGGGUGGGAACAAUCCAUACCCUAACAACUUUCUGUGUGGUAGAUGUAUUAUCACCUUACACAGCUAUUGCCGGGCGAUCCUGGGUCCACGAGAUCAAAGGAGUAGCCUCGACCUACCAUCAAAGGCUAAGGUUCCCUACGCCUAACGGUGUAGCAGAAAUCAUUGGAGACUCCGAGAAAGAAAAACACUGCUACGAGAUGGACGUUCGAAACGGUGAGAACAAAGUAAAUUCUGCAAGAGCGAGAAAGAAGCGAGCCAAGAAUGCCAAAAAAAGGCCGAUAUCGAUGCUUACAUAUCCAUGA